AUGACACCUUUCUGGAAGCAAUGCUUUGCCGUAUCGAGUGUGACCUUAAACACGAUUUCAUCUGGGAUGUGUAUCGGGUUUAACGCGUCACUGUUCUCAGACCUGAGGAGGAGUCGAGAGAUACACUUGGAUAAGGAUUCGGAGUCAUGGUUAGCAUCACUGAUCGGGAUAACAACACUAAUAGGAUGUCUCUUCACUUCGCUAAUCAUAGACAGAAUUGGCCGGAGACCUGCAGUUCUUAUCAGCUCAGUUCUCAUGGUUUGCGGUUGGAUAACAUUCAGCUUGGCUUCAUCGUUUUCUGCCUUAUUAUUAGCAAAGAUAUUUCAAGGAACAUCUGUGGGUCUUGGGACCACAAUGGGCGGUAUUUUAAUUGCAGAAUACAGCAGUCCAAAAUACCGAGGAUCUUUCAUCGCAACAAAACCUACUGCUAUGUUAAUUGGUAUUACAACUUCGCAUUUGCUUGGAUUGUUUUAUAACUGGUCUCAUAUAUCUCUAAUACUAUUAUUUUGCUCUUUACCUGGAUUGAUAAUUCCUAUAUUUACACCGGAAUCACCGACUUUUUUGGCGACUAAAGGGCGCUAUGAUGAAUGCCGAAAGGUUUUCCGCUGGCUGAGAGGUCCAGAGGACGAUGACGAAGUGGAAAAAAUAAUCGAAGCCGAUAUGAUCGUCAAAAAACCCAAGAAAAGCUAUACAAAGAACGUGCCGAAAUUGAUUAAGGAAAACUUAACAUACUUUAUUAUGUCGUUCAAAAAGCGUGAAUUUUACAUUCCAGUAUUUAUAGCAAUACAUUUGAAUGCUAUUUUUCAAUUUUCUGGUGCUAUUGUCUACGAUUCGUAUCCUUUGGACAUUCACACAGCAUUAUAUGGUACGGAUAUUUACAUGGUUAAAGUAAUCGCAUCGCUUGAUAUGGAAAGAAUGUUGUCUACUGCUUUAGCAAUUUAUUUAACUUCUAGAAUAAGAAGGCGUCCGCUCUUAUUCGCGUUUGUAGGACUGAAUGUACUAGCGUUUCUGUGUGUGGCCGGAUACAUAUACGCUAGGCGUCACAAUCUUCUACCUUUUGACCAUAUAGCUAUUGUGAUCUUUUUGCAACAUUUCCAUAUGUUCACCAGCGGAGCUGGCGCUACUUCUUUGACCACAAUACUUAGUAAUGAAUUAUAUCCAAUGGCAAAUAGAGGUUUGUGUGGAUUAAUUUGUAAUGCAUUUUUCUCGAUUUACAUGUUUGUAAAUAUCAAAACCGCGCCGUAUCUAUUCUCUCUGAUUGGUGUAGAUGGAACGUUUUGUGCCUAUGCAGUGGUGCUGUUUUAUAGUCUGGUUGUGUCUUAUUAUAUGGUACCGGAAACUAAAGAUAAGACGCUUCAAGAAAUAGAAGAUAAGCUCAGAGGAUAUUCUAUAACUCAUCGUGGUGAAGCUAUGAAAUUAAAAGAUGUUGAGUUUUGAGGAUAUUAAGUAA